AUGGGUCGAUCUCCUUGUUGUGAUAAAGUUGGUUUGAAGAAAGGGCCAUGGACACCUGAAGAAGAUCAAAAACUUCUUACUUAUAUUGAAGAACAUGGCCAUGGAAGCUGGCGAGCUUUGCCUGCAAAAGCUGGGCUUCAGAGAUGCGGGAAGAGUUGCAGAUUGAGAUGGACUAACUAUUUGAGACCUGAUAUCAAAAGAGGGAAGUUCAGUUUACAAGAAGAGCAGACCAUCAUUCAACUCCAUGCCCUCCUAGGAAACAGAUGGUCGGCUAUAGCCACACAUUUGCCCAAACGAACAGAUAAUGAAAUCAAGAAUUAUUGGAACACACAUUUGAAGAAAAGAUUGGACAAAAUGGGAAUCGAUCCGGUGACCCACAAGCCGAAAAACGAUACUCUCAAGUCAAGCGAAGGUCAGUCGAAAAAUGCAGCUAAUCUUAGCCAUAUGGCUCAAUGGGAGAGUGCCCGUUUAGAGGCCGAGGCACGACUUGCUAGACAAUCCAAGUUACGUACAAAUUCUUUCAAGAAUCCUCUCAAUUCGUCUGAAUUUAGCUCGAGUACUUCGAGCCCGAUGAACAUGCCUGUCGGCCCGGCACGAUGUCUCCACAUACUUAAGGCGUGGAAUGGCGGUGCUAGUGGUGAUGGUGCUAUGGUGGGACUUGGUUGUGAACUUGAAUCCCCCACCUCUACACUUAGCUAUUCGGAGAAUGCUCCACCUAUGUCCACCACCGGAAUCGGAGAGAACUCGACUGCAUUUGUGGACUUUGUGGGUAACUCGUCCGGAUCCUCUGAGGCCGGAAUCAUGAAAGAAGAGGGCGAAGAGGAUUGGAAAGGCUUCGGGAACUCAACACUUGCAAAUUCAGUAUCGUUUACCUCCGGAAUCCAUGACAUUUCAUUGCCAGUGGAAAAUGCAUGGGAAUCACAAUCUCUCGUGGCAAAUUCUGAGCAUGUUCCAAGUGGAAACUUUGUGGAGAGAUUCACAGACCUUCUGUUAAGUACUGCCGGUGGUGACCGAAGUUUCUCCGGCGAUGGUGCCGGAGAGUCUUUUAACUGCGGCGGCCCUAGUGGCAGUGGUAGUGAUCAAUAUGAAGAUGACAAGAAUUAUUGGAAUAGUAUUCUUAAUUUGGUGAAUUCUUCGAAUUCUGGUUCACCAACGUUUUAA